UGCUAAGUGAGGAGGCCUCCCCUCCUCCGUGGGACAGGGAGGGGCUCCUCUCCAGGCUGGGGGGCAGCCGUGGGCUCAAGUGAAUCGCCCUGCUUUGCGCCCCCCUCCCCGUGCCACUGAGAGAGGCCUGGCACGAAUCCAAGGACAGGAAAAGUUGUGAGCCGCCCAGGUUCUGCCUGGCUUCUGCCUCCAUGGAUGGACCUGCCCUCCUCCAGCCCAGACAGCUAAAGCGAAGCAUCAGGACAGGGCAAGUGGGAAGCACUGUGGGCGUUGUUUCCUUGCACACCGCCCAGAGCUCUUACAGGACGCCCCAGCCUGACUUCCGGGAGAAGUAUUUCAACCAGUGGCUGGACCACUUCAACUACGAGAGCUACGGCAACCAGACCUUCCCCCAGAGGUAUCUCAUCUCAGAUAAAUUCUGGCAGAAGGGAGUCGGCCCCAUCUUUUUCUACACCGGGAACGAAGGGGACAUCUGGGCCUUUGCACUGAAUUCCGGCUUCAUCCUUGAGCUGGCCCAACAGCAGGGAGCCCUGCUGGUCUUUGCCGAGCACGUGAGUGUUUCCCGCCCCGCCCCCCAAGGUUUUGCAGGCAGGACGGGUGGGAGGGGGCUGGUUCCACCCCUGCCCAAGGUGUGCUGCACUCACAGGUGUUUCACUGGUGCUGGGGGCAUCCUUUUGUUCUCCUCCUGCAACCCUCUCCCAGAGGUAUUACGGGAAGUCGCUUCCGUUCGGGGCAGCGUCGCUGCAGCGCGGGAAUGCCGGCCUGCUGAGCGUGGAGCAAGCCCUGGCCGACUACGCGGUGCUCCUUGGAGAGCUGAAGAGGCAGUAUGGAGCCAACGAUGCCCCCGUCAUUGCUUUUGGAGGCAGGAUUUCCAGCACUGCAGGCCACAGUGUGCUGAGGCCGUUCAGGAGGCCUUCCGGCAAAUCAAAGACCUGUACCUGACCGGAGCGUACGAGCAAAUCAGCAGUGAAAUGUCGACUUGCGAGAAGCUCUCGGCCCGGGAAGACGUCUACCAGCUGUUUGAAUUCGCCCGGAACGCUUUCACCAUGCUGGCCAUGAUGGACUACCCUUACAAGACCGACUUCAUGGGCCACUUUCCAGCAAACCCUGUGAAGGUUGGCUGCGAGCUGAUUCUGGCCGAAAAGCAACGGAUCAGGGGUCUGGCAGCUCUCAGCGGCUUGGUCUACAACUCCACGGGGAAAGCGCCGUGUUUCGACAUCUACAAGCAGUACCACAAAUGUGCCGACCCCACCGGCUGCGGGACGGGCUCGGAUGCCCAGGCCUGGGACUAUCAGGCCUGCACCGAGAUCAACUUGACAUUCGACAGCACCAACGUGACGGACAUGUUUCCAGAGAUCCUCUUCCCAGAGGCAGCCAGAGAAGAGUACUGCUUUGGCAAGUGGGGAGUCCGCCCCCGACCAUCGUGGCUCCGGACCAGCUUCUGGGGCAGUGAGCUGGCCACUGCAAGCAACAUCAUCUUCUCCAACGGAGACCUGGACCCCUGGGCUGGAGGCGGAAUUAGGAAGAACCUGAGCUCCUCGUUGAUCGCCAUCACCAUCGAGGGAGGGGCUCAUCACCUCGAUCUCCGGGGGUCCAACCCGGCUGACCCGCCCUCCGUCCGAGAGGCUCGCAGGCAGGAGGCAACCAUCAUCCACGGCUGGGUGAAACCGGCACAGGGUAACCGAGCCCGGGAGGAGGCAACACACCACCACGAUCCAGCCCACCUCUAACCCGAGUCACCAGUGCCAGGUGGCGGUGGUGCCACAAUCAGCUCAAAGGCCUGCUGGUUGCCGGGAAGCCGUGACGUGUCCUUCGGAGGCAGCAGAACCCGGCUGCCGUGGGAGUGACGCUGUGUUGCCGCCCCAGGGUGGGGAGAAGGGGAAUAAAAACUGCACCAGUUCCUCGGGAGCUCCGA